UACCAUUUAUAAAAUGGAACCCUACCAUUAAACUGCGGCUCUUCUGCUUGAGGGGACGAAAAGCAAAUCAUAAGUCUUUUACGGAGGCUGAAGCAGCAGCGUUCGUAGCCAGCAGCCGCCAUGGUUAAGUACUCUAAAGAGCCCGACAAUCCCACCAAGUCUUGCAAGGCAAGGGGAUCGGACCUCAGAGUUCAUUUUAAGAACACUAGGGAGACUGCUUUUGCUAUCAGAAAGCUGCCCUUAACCAAGGCGAAGAGGUACUUGGAGGAUGUGCUUGCCCACAAGCAGGCCAUUCCCUUCAGAAGGUUCUGUGGUGGUGUUGGGCGAACUGCACAGGCAAAGAACAGACAUUCCAACGGGCAGGGUCGUUGGCCCGUCAAAUCUGCAAAAUUCAUUUUAGAUUUGCUUAAGAAUGCAGAGAGCAAUGCUGAGGUGAAGGGUUUGGAUGUCGAUUCGCUCUAUGUGUCUCACAUCCAGGUCAACCAAGCGCAGAAGCAAAGGCGUCGUACUUACCGUGCUCAUGGAAGAAUCAACCCCUAUAUGUCAUCUCCCUGCCAUAUUGAGUUGAUCUUGUCUGAAAAGGAAGAGCCUGUGAAAAAGGAGCCGGAGACCCAGUUGGCAACUAGCAAGUCAAAGAAGUCUCAAGCUCUACGCAGUGGUGCUUCCUCUUGAACUAUGGGCAUUUACUCAAACAAAUUGAGGACUCAAUUUUCAUGUCUUUCCCUUGGAAGGAUUCUUUUUGUUGUUUUCCCUAUAGCAUUAUGUAGACAAUUUUUGGAUGCUUGCUUUGUUGAUUUUCAAAUUACAUUUAGCUUGAUGUCCUGUGAGGAUUUCUGGUAAGAGAAUUUGGUUUUUAUGGCCAACCCUUACAUAUAUUGAGUAGCUGCAUUGUUUGUUAGCAAA